AUGAAGAUAUACAGUCUUUGCUUCUUAUCAAUCUUUCUUGGUUAUCAUCACGUCUAUGCAGUGCACUAUGAUUACUCAUUCACACAAGAGUGUUUGGAUAAACCUCAACCGCCUCUAUACAAUGGAGGCAUAAUUGUGAACUCACAAUUUAAUAAAGGAUUAAAUGGAUGGAAGACGUACGGAGAUGCAAAAAUUGAGCGCGCCGAAUCUGAAGAUGGCAACACGUACAUUAUUGCCACCGCAAGAAGGCAACCUUUUCAUAGCUUUUCCCAAAAAAUCUACUUGGAAAAGGAUAAAUUAUAUUCGUUUUCCGCGUGGUUACGGAUAAGUGAUGAUGGCGAAACAACAACAAGCAUCGGAGCUAUAGUGAGGACACGGAGCGGUAGCUUCCAACACAUUGGUUGGGUCAAUGCUCGACGCGGAUGUUGGUCCAUGUUGAAGGGUGGCUUUCUUGCCAAUACUUCUGGUCACGCCCAUCUUUAUUUUGAGAGCAAUAAUAGGGAGGUUGAUAUUUGGGGGGACAACAUAUCACUACAACCCUUUACGAUGGAAGAGUGGCAAUCCCAUCGGCAAGAGAGUGUGGAAAUGGUGCGCAAGAGAAAGGUGAAAUUCCAAGUCCGAGAUCAAAAUGGCGGAGUCUUACAAAAUGCUUCUGUAUCCAUAAAAGUAAAACCAAGACGAUCCAAUUUCCCCUUUGGAUGUGCUAUAAAUGGAAAUAUUUUAAACAAUCCGGCUUACCAGAAUUGGUUCUUCUCAAGGUUUAAGUAUACCGUCUUCGAGAACGAACUCAAAUGGUAUUCUAAUGAAAAUUCCCAAGGCAAAGAAGAGUAUUCCAAAUCCGAUGCAUUGGUCAAACUCGCAAAAUCUCAUAAGGUGUCGAUCCGCGGGCAUAAUGUGUUUUGGGAUGACCCAAAGUACCAACCCUCAUGGAUCAAUGGUCUCGGAAAAGAGGCCUUGUCUUCAGUAGCCAAUAAGAGGAUGAAGUCGAUUAUAAGCAGAUAUCGCGGGCAGCUCAUCCAUUGGGACAUUGUGAACGAGAAUUUGCACUUCGACUUCUUCGAGAGCAAGCUCGGUGGGAAUGCCAUUGCUGCCUUUUUUCAAAUGGCCAAUAAAAUUGACGGUGGGAUGAUUCCAUUUCUUAAUGACUACAAUACUAUCGAAGAUAAUAGAGACAGCAAAUCAUCGCCUACAAAGUACUUGGACAAAAUUAAGCAAAUCAGAAAAGAUGGAUACAAUGGCCCUUUGGCCAUCGGGGUGGAGGGUCACUUUAGCAUGUCUCCAAAUUUGGCGUAUAUAAGGUCUGCCCUUGAUCAACUCUCGUCCGCCAAACUUCCCAUUUGGAUCACAGAAUUGGACGUUGUAUCCGGCCCAAAUCAGGCGAGUUGGUUGGAUGCGAUUUUAAGAGAAGUGUAUAGCCAUCCCAGUGUAGGAGGAAUCAUUCUAUGGUCAGCAUGGAGUCCCGGAGGAUGCUAUAGAAUGUGUUUGACCGACAACAAUUUCAAGAAUCUACCAACUGGUGAUGUUGUUGACAAAUUCAAAGUCAACUUCCUUCCCACCAACGAAAUACAAUUAACUACGGAUUUCAGUGGCUAUGUUGAAGCUUCCCUCUUUCAUGGUGAUUAUGAACUUGUGGCCACCCAUUCGACCUCUGCUCAUCAAAUUUCUACAAUGCAUAAAUUUGAUGUUUCAGCGGAUGUCGAUGCUGCUGUUCAUUUGGAAAUUAAAGUAUAA